AUGGCGUCCCGCUUGGCUAGAACCGCUGUCGGGGCUGCCCGUCUGCGGCCUUCCAUCCUGCCCCGAUCUCUGCCCGCCCUGGCCUCGUCCUCUUCCGUCAUCAACGCCGCCAGCGCCCGCUACUCGUCCAACGUGCCCGCCGAGGACCCCAAGAAGAAGGCCGCGUCCAUCCUCGACGCCCUUCCCGGCAACUCGCUCGUCUCCAAGACCGCCAUCCUGUCCUCCGCCGCCGGCCUGUCCGUCUACGCCCUCAGCAACGAGUACUAUGUCGUCAACGAGGAGACCAUCGUCGCCUUCUGUCUGUUGAGCGUCUGGGGCGCCCUCAUCAAGUACGCCGGUCCCUCGUACAGCGAGUGGGCCCAGGGUCAGAGCAAGAAGAUCGCCGGCAUCCUGAAUGCCGCCCGCUCCGACCACACCCAGGCCGUCAAGGACCGCAUCGAGAACGUCAAGCAGAUGGAGGGUGUCGUCGACGUCACCAAGAGCCUGUUCGAGGUCUCCAAGGAAACCGCGAAGCUCGAGGCUGAGGCCUAUGAGCUGGAGCAGAAGACGGCCCUGGCUGCCGAGGCCAAGGCCGUCCUGGACUCCUGGGUCCGUUACGAGGGCCAGGUCAAGCAGCGCCAGCAAAAGGAGCUGGCUGAUUCCAUCAUCGCCAAGGUCCAGAAGGAGCUGGAGAGCCCCAAGGUCUUGCAGCAGAUCCUGGCGCAAAAGAUCGUCUCCUCCAAGGCCCAAUAA